UAAGUGCCUAGCAGCGGCCUGGAUCCGUCGGCGGCGGCGGCGGCGGCUCGGAGCGCUCUAGUUGCCUCUCCUCACCAAACCUCAGCCCGGUUAGGUCCGCUUGAGUGUAAGCGCCAUGAACAUCCGCAACGCACGGCCAGAAGACCUGAUGAAUAUGCAGCACUGUAACCUGCUGUGCCUUCCAGAAAACUAUCAGAUGAAAUACUAUUUCUACCACGGUCUGUCAUGGCCUCAGCUCUCUUACAUUGCUGAAGAUGAGAAUGGAAAGAUUGUGGGCUAUGUGCUGGCCAAGAUGGAGGAAGAUCCAGAUGAUGUCCCCCAUGGACAUAUCACAUCCUUGGCUGUAAAGCGGUCCCACCGCCGACUAGGUCUAGCACAGAAGCUUAUGGACCAGGCCUCAAGGGCCAUGAUUGAAAACUUCAAUGCAAAAUAUGUCUCCCUGCAUGUCAGAAAAAGUAACCGGGCAGCUCUGCAUCUGUAUUCCAACACACUUAACUUUCAGAUUAGUGAGGUGGAGCCCAAAUAUUAUGCUGAUGGAGAAGACGCCUAUGCUAUGAAGCGGGAUCUGACUCAGAUGGCUGAAGAGCUGAGGAAGCAACUGGAGGUGAAGGAGAAAGGCAAACAUCUGGUGCUGGCCUCCCUGGAGAACAAGAUGGAUCCCAAAGCCAACCAUGUGGGUGACUGCUGCCGUGAGGAGAAGGGCCUAGGCCCCACAGCCGAGGACAGCAGCGGCGGUGACAGCAAAGACCUUAGCGAGGUCAGCGAGACCACGGAGAGCACUGAUGUCAAGGACAGCUCAGAGGCCUCUGACUCAGCUUCCUAGAGUCCCCAGGCUGGGAUUCUGCUGUCAUAAGCAACCCCCAUCUCUGUAUCUCUCUUCUCCUUGUUCCCCAUCAGUUCUUCCAAUUAAAUAAUUUGGGGCCUUGGGGGCUGUGGAUUUCUGUGA